AUGAAGACUUCUUCAGCUGACGAACAUGACGAAGAAAAUGUAAAGUUGCUGGAAAAGAGCAAAGAGAGAGGUUCGAGAAAUGGAAGGGUUGUUAAAGUACAUAAUCAAGCCUUAUUAUCUGGACUUGCUUAUUGUCUUUCCUCUUGUGGAAUGAUUUUAGUUAAUAAAAUUGUACUUUCUAGUUAUGAUUUUAAUGCUGGAAUUUCUUUGAUGGUUUAUCAGAAUUUGAUUUCGGUUAUUAUUGUUUCUGUGUUGAGCCUUUUGGGUUUAAUCUCAACUGAACCACUUACAUGGAGAUUGAUUAGAGUCUGGUUUCCUGUCAAUGCUAUUUUUGUUGGAAUGCUAAUUACAAGCAUGUUUAGUUUGAAAUACAUUAAUGUAGCUAUGGUGACAGUCUUGAAGAAUGUUACUAAUGUCAUAACGGCAGUUGGUGAAAUGUACUUGUUCAAGAAGCAGCACGAAGGCAGGGUCUGGGCCGCUCUAUUUCUAAUGAUCAUUUCAGCAAUAACUGGAGGGAUUACUGAUCUUUCUUUCAAUGCAACUGGCUAUAUGUGGCAGACACUAAACUGUUUCUUAACUGCAUCAUAUUCUCUGACCCUACGAAGGGUCAUGGAUACGGCAAAGCAAUAUACUAAAUCUGGAAAUUUAAAUGAGUUUUCAAUGGUCUUGUUGAACAACACGCUUUCUUUGCCUUUGGGAAUUUUUCUGAUUCUCGUUUUCAGUGAGGUGGAUUAUCUCUUAAGCACGCCUCUUCUGAGAUUGCCUAGCUUUUGGCUAGUGGUGACAUUCAGCGGAAUUCUGGGCCUAGCAAUUAGCUUCACAUCGAUGUGGUUUCUUCAUCAGACAGGGGCUACAACUUACAGUCUUGUAGGUUCGCUGAAUAAGAUACCACUUUCGAUUGCUGGCAUCUUUCUGUUCAAAGUUCCUACUAGUUUGGAAAACUCUGCCAGCAUUUUAUUUGGUCUUUUGGCAGGAGUACUUUUUGCGAGAGCCAAAAUCCGUGAGAGAUCUCAAUCUUGA